AUGUUUUGGAGAUUCGGCUUCCACAAUGCCUCUGCGAUUGACGAGCUUCUAGCUAAGGACGAGGUCUCGCUGGAGGCGAUCCUCGACGAGGACGACCUCUUGCAGGAGUGCAAGGCGCAGAAUGCAAAGCUUAUCAAUUACUUUUCCCGUGUCGACGUCCUCCACCGCCUCCUGGGUUACGUGACGGGGCAGAUCGAGGGCGACGAGAAGGGCGGCUUCAAGUACCCGUAUGUUGCGACCGAGGUCUUGUGCAGCGAAAUAUGGUCCAUCGUCGAGACGUGCAUCGCCAACCAGGAGCAGCUGCUCGUCCCUUUCUGGGAGACAGUUCUCGACAAGUCCCCGGAGGAGAUGCGGAGCCAGGUCAUGAUGGCGGCACAUUUCGCAAAGGUUAACGUUGCGUUCCUGAGCAAGAAGCCUGCAGAGAUGCUGGCAUUCAUCCAAGCCCAAUCAGAGAUUGUCGAGCGGAUUCUUCACCAUAUAGAGUCCCCCCCUUUCGCAGAUCUUCUCGUGAGGAUCAUCCAACUAGACGAGCAUCCGGCCGGGGCGGGCGUCCUUGAAUGGCUAUCGAGAGAGAACCUCAUGUCUCGCCUCAUCAGCCUCUUGUCCCCGGCGCAUAGUCCCGACAUGCAUACAGUCGUCGCUGAGCUCAUCAAGGGUAUCAUUUCCAUGGCUGCGCAUUCUCCCGCUGCAGGAAUGUCGGAUGGCUUGUCCCAUCCUCCCGCGUCAAAUGUCUUCGCCCGGGAACUUGCACACCGAAACAGCGUCUCCAAGCUCGUCAGCUUCAUCCUGUACGAAUUCAAGAGCGACCCCGCCACCUCAGAAGGCUCGGCAGUUACCCAAGAGUCGGCAGCGUCGUCGGUCGUGCAAUCAAUAUGUAUCAUCAUCGAGCUCAUUCGACAGAAUAACUCCGACUAUUUCGAGCCCUACCUUUUCCACACCCUCCGCACACGCCUCAUUCAGGUCCAGCAACAGAUCCAAAUGAACCCGGAUGGCGCGCGUGAAAACCUGGAGACAGCCAUGAAGGAAAUGGUGAACCGCAUGGGCGUUGUUCACCUGGGGCCUGUGUUAGACCUCAUGUGUGAGCAUCUCAGUAAGCUCCAGAAGUUCCUGAAGGAACCCCGAUCCGUGCAAGGCCCCGUCUUGACGACGUUGGGUUCGAUCCCACCUCUCACCUUCGAGAGGUAUCGAAUAUGCGAACUCUACGCCGAACUACUCCACUGCUCAAACAUGUCUCUUCUCAAUCGCCCCUCCGAGUACGAUCACCUGUACGACUCUGAAGGUCGCCUACAAGGUGGCUUGUCGGGCCUGGAAGAGCUAGCUCAAGUCAUCGCCAUCGGCAACGGUAGUGGAGACAACGACGGUAUGGAUGACGAGGAAGACGACGAGUCAACACAUGAGUUCCCGGUUUCGCACGCCCCAUCCUCGAAUUUGACAGACUCUGAUGAGGACAUGAGCGCGGAUGAACCCGGGAGCUCAGAUGACGACGCUAUGGAGGAGAUCGCUAUGUACGAUCCUCCAGGGACUGGUUCACAGCACAAGGGUUCGGAGUCGCCCAGAGAUUCUCCCGCGUCAGCUCUUUCGCCUAUGGCAAUGUCUCCUUCACCCAGUCCACCUCCAUCUACUUCGCCUGGUGAUAUCAACUCCUUCCCUCAACGUCGGAACCUAUGGAGUUCGGACUCGGAUACGCCUCAACAACGGCCGCGAUCGAGCAGUUCCCGAAGAAGUGUCAGGCGGUCGUUGAGGGAGGUACAGGGUGAAAAGCCAGUGCUCGGAGAGAGAUUGAAGCAGAGUUUCUUAAAGGCUAACAUGGCGUCAACGUUGUUGGACCUGUUCUUUGAGUUCCCUUGGAACAACUUCCUUCACAGCGUUGUGUACGACCUCAUACACCAGGUUCUAACAGGACGUGUCGAUGGCGGUGCCAAUCGAGAGCUCACUGUUUCGCUCUUCCGGGACGCGCGUUUGAUGCACCGCAUCAUCGAAGGGUCAAAACGAAACGAUGUGGAGAGCGAAAAGCCAAAAGGGGUCAGACUGGGAUACAUGGGUCACCUUACUCUCAUUUCAGAAGACGUAAUUGGCGCCCUUGAACAUCUCCCUCCAGACCUCCGACUCCAGAUUGCGCAACAUGCUCCCCAGCCCGAAUGGGACGAAUAUGUCACCGGCCGGUACAAAGAGACGAAGAAAAAGGAUACCAGUCUGCUCGGUGGAGGGAAGCCCGUGGUGGCCCCGUCAAUACGGAAUGGCGCGGCGUCGUGGAAAGUCGACGAGGCUGAUGUUGCAACAUCCGCACCUGGCCGGUCCGGAGCAGAGCAGAAGCAGUCGACAGAAGAGCCCCAGGGCGAAUUCAAGCGGGGCGCCUCGCGACGUGAAGGAAGCGCGGACUUCAGCUCAAUGCCUUUAGACGACGAUUUCAGCUCAACGCCGCAGCAGUUUGCUAACUACCUCGUUCACGAAAUGCAGUCUGAGCACCUGGGGUCUGCCGACGAUGGGUCCGAUGAUGACGAAGAUGGAGGCUGGCUGGCGCAGUCUCGCUUCGAGUUACGACCUCCGCCAGUCACCGCGCGCCAGCACGACGGCGAUCGCAAACCGCUGAGUGCAAGUGAUCCAUUCGAUGACGUCAGUAAAUGCUGUCUGAAUGCUCAACGUGAUGCCUUUGGACCCUUUUCUGAUACUGCUGCCACGCCAAGCAACGACCCAUUCUCAUUCGCGACCACAACCUCUGACGACUUCAUGAACGAGAGUGCCUUCGAAUCCUUUGGUGAUUUUGGGGACUUCCAAAGCGCCAGCACGAGCUCCUUUGAAGACGAAGGCACUCUCACGCCCACUGGCGCGGAUAGCUGGAGUUUCGCGAGCGUAUCGAGCGCCGGGUCAAUGGAGGAAGUUGAACGGAGAACGGAGGACCCGAUCUCAGAGGACGAGCACGAACGGACUGCACGACACGACAACUAG